GCGAAUCCUACCACGCCUGGAAGAAACUCGAAGCUGGAAAGUCGAGGACCGAUUGUUUCCACCAAAACCUAGAAGAUGAAAGAUUGCUCGAGAAGGCGCAAUCCUCUUCUCUCCCCUUCUAUAAAUUCUGAUCCCGCGCCUCCCCCCCAUCUCAAUCAAAUUCGAGUUAAUUGCAGUUUUCAAUUCUCAAUUCCCCCAUUCUAUUCACUACGAUGUCGAUCAUUCCCCGGAGCAACGUCUUCGAUCCCUUCUCCUUCGACAUCUGGAACCCAUUCGAGAGUUUCAACACCAUCUUCGAGAACGCGCUCUCCGCACCGGGUUCCAAUUACGCCACCGAGGUUUCGGCUUUCGCCAACACACGCAUCGACUGGAAUGAGACCCCGGAGGCUCACAUCUUCAAGGCCGAUAUGCCGGGUGUCAAGAAGGAGGAGGUUAAGGUGGAGGUCGUGGAAGGCGGCGUGCUUCAGAUCAGCGGCGAGAGGAAGAAGGAGCAGGAAGAGAAGAACGAUCGCUGGCAUCGAAUCGAGCGCAGCAGCGGUAAGUUCCUCCGCCGAUUCCGAUUGCCGGAGAACGCGAAGGUGGAUCAGGUGAAGGCGUCGAUGGAGAAUGGCGUGCUUAGUGUCGUCGUGCCUAAGGAGGUGGCGAAGAAGCCUGAGGUGAAGUCGAUUGAGAUUUCUGGAUAGAGGAAGAAGCUGGUUUGUGUCUUGAAUCUCUGCUGUUCUUUGCUUGUUUUGUUGUUGAUGAUAUGCUUGUGCUAUUUCGCUGUGCGUUGGAAGCGGGAGUGUGUACCGCUGUUUGUAGAAACAGGGGAUGGUUUGAAAUAAGGAGGUGUUUAAUUAUCUAUCUAUUAAGGUAAUGCUGUCCGAUGUUUUGAAUGUUUGUAUUAGCAUUCAAAAGUCCAUUUUCAGGCUAUGUGUUCAAUAAUUUUGAUAAAUAUAUGUGC